UGUGAGUAAAGGAGGAGACCGUCCUACUCUCAGGAGUGAGAGUAAAUGAGGAGAACGUCCUACCAGCAGGGGUGUGAGUAAACGAGGAGACCGUCCUACCAGCAGCACUCUCCGCCUCUGACGCCGGGAACUUUUCGCAGUCCACCCAGAGAGCCCCUAGCCAGCGAGCUAGCUAGUAGUGUGGACACACACAAACAUGUCGACGUCGGGAACAAAGACCUUUCGGGUCAGCGAUGGGGAUUGGGUUUGCCAUGAUAAGAAAUGUGGAAACGUGAACUUCGCAAGGAGAACCAGUUGCAACAGAUGCGGUGGAGUUUCUACUCCUGCAGAGAAAACAACAGAAGGGAAGAUGAUGAAAGCAGGAGGCACUGAGAUUGGGAAAACCCUUGCAGAGAAGAGUAGAGGUCUCUUCAGUGCAAACGACUGGCAGUGUAAAACGUGUGGCAACGUCAACUGGGCCAGGCGGUCUGAGUGCAACAUGUGCAACACGCCCAAAUUCGCCAAGCUUGAGGAGAGAACGGGCUAUGGCGGUGGUUUCAACGAGAGGGAGAACGUUGAGUACAUCGAAAGGGAAGAUUCUGAUGGGGAAUAUGAUGAGUUUGGCCGGAAAAAGAAAAAGUUCCGCGGCAAACCCGGCAGCGAACCGGCAAAAAAAGAGCCCGCAAAGAAACCUCCCGUGAAGGUCGAGGAGGAAGACGACGACGAUGACGAAGACGAGGAGGAAGGAGACCUUUCAAAAUACAAACUGGAUGACGACGACGAUGAUGAUGAAGACGGAGACCUGUCCAAGUACGACCUGGACGCCAGCGAGGAUGAGGCCAAGGAGGGGGCGAAGGCAGAGCAGGAUGUGAAGGAAGUGAAAAAGGAGGGGGAGAAGGAGGACGAUAAGGACAAGGCCAGUCCCACGGCCUCGUCCCGUUCACGCUCCUCCUCGCGGUCGUCUAGCUCCAGUUCUCGGUCGAGGUCCAGGUCCCGUUCUCGGAGCUCCUCCAGUUCCAGGUCUGGAUCCGGCUCCCGGUCUGCUUCCAGAUCCAGCUCCCGGUCUAGGAAGGGGUCCUCUCCCGGGCAGGGCUCCCCCCACUCCCGGUCGUCCACGCCCAAGCGCAGCCAGUCGCCCGAGGCGGGGCGCAAGCGUAGCCGCUCCAGGUCCUCGUCCGGGGGGAGGAAGCGCAGGCGCUCACGGACCCAGUCGUCUGAAAGACGCCGUGGACAUUCCUCCGGAUCCUCUCACUCGGGCUCCAGUUCAAAAAAGAAAUCGGUUUAGAUGCCCCCCUUAAACAGAGCAAUGAUACAGGGCGAAAAAAAGGACCCUAGUUAUAAGUGCAUGUUGUGUUUGAAAUAAGAAGAAAAAAAAAAAGACCGGCCAAGUUCCUGAUGCUGUUUGAUUUCAUAAAA